CAGUUCUGAAGCAACAACAAAACAGGGUUUUUGCUAGGGUUUUAACUUUGGCUGCUCUGUCUCAAUCCCUGAACUUAAACCCACUUAGUAGAAUUUGAGUAUAAGCUAAAAGAUCGAACCUUUAUAAAGAUUUGAGGAAGAAAAAUGGUUCCUUCCAAUGGCGCAAAGGUUCUUCGUUUGUUGACUCGUCGAUGUAUCUCAUCAUCGCUUCUACAAGAUUUAGGCAAUCAGAAACUUAGGGGAGUGUGUAUUGGGAGUUAUAGGAGAUUGAAUACAGGCGUUGGGAAUCAUGCCAAAGUUCUUGGAGAUUACGCUUCAAAAUCUGGGCAUGAUCGGAAAUGGAUCAAUUUUGGAGGUUUUAAUACUAAUUUUGGCUCAACAAGGUCAUUUCAUGGAACAGGUUCGACGUUUAUGUCUGCUAAGGACUACUAUGAAGUUCUUGGUGUGAAUAAGAAUGCACCAGAAGGUGAAAUCAAGAAGGCUUAUUAUGGGCUUGCUAAGAAACUUCAUCCUGAUAUGAAUAAAGAUGACCCAGAAGCUGAGAAGAAGUUCCAGGAGGUCUCGAAAGCAUAUGAAGUUUUGAAAGAUAAGGAGAAGCGUGACCUUUAUGACCAGGUUGGGCAUGAAGCAUUUGAGCAAAAUGCUAGUGGUGGGUUUCCAAAUGAUCAAGGCUUCGGUGGUGGUGGUGAAGGGUUUAACCCAUUUGAUAUCUUCGGGAACUUCAAUGGCGAUAUCUUCAACAUGUUCAGGCAAGAUGUUGGAGGUCAAGAUGUCAAGGUUUUGCUUGAUCUUUCUUUCAUGGAAGCUGUUCAAGGAUGCUCCAAAACUGUGAAUUUUCAAACCGAGGUGGCUUGUAAUACUUGUGGUGGACAAGGUGUUCCUCCUGGUACCAAACGUGAAAAAUGCAAAGGCUGUAAUGGCUCUGGGAUGACAACAAUGAGAAGGGGUAUAUUAAGCAUCCAAAGAACUUGCCAGAAGUGUGGUGGAGCUGGUCAAACGUUCUCUAGUAUUUGCAAAUCCUGUAGAGGAGCUAGAGUGGUUCGAGGACAGAAGUCAGUGAAAGUCAAUAUCGAUCCAGGGGUUGACAAUAGUGAUACAUUAAAGGUGGCAAGAGUGGGUGGGGCUGAUCCUGAUGGUGACCAGCCUGGAGAUCUUUAUGUUACUCUCAAGGUCCGUGAAGAUCCUGUGUUCCGCAGAGAAGGAUCGGAUAUUCAUGUGGAUGCAGUUCUCAGUGUUACCCAGGCUAUUCUUGGAGGAACCAUUCAAGUUCCAACCCUCACUGGUGAUGUUGUCGUGAAGGUCCGUCCUGGAACCCAACCUGGUCAUAAAGUAGUGCUAAGAAGUAAAGGUAUUAGAGCAAGAAAGUCGACGAAAUUUGGGGAUCAAUAUGUGCAUUUCAACGUCAGCAUCCCUGCAAAUAUAACUCAGAGACAGCGUGAACUGCUCGAGGAAUUCAGUAAAGCAGAACAAGGCGAAUACGAGCAGCGCACGGCAUCUGGAUCUUCCCAGUGAAGAACUGCAAAUGCAUAAGCCUAAAAAAGCUAUAUUUUUGUGGCUGUAUCAUUACACCAUCCUUCUUAAUUGAUAUAUCUAUCAAUCAGACAUGAUUGAGAUUUAUAUUUGCGUAGGAUUAGUAAAGAGUAUUGUUUUGGUUUUACUUUUUAACUAGUUUCUUCUACAUUGCUAGCAGAUAAAAGAGAAGGAAAAGCUUGUGCUCUUAUUGCCAGUAAUUGCUUCUUUAAAGUUUCGUGGUUUAUAGUCUUAUAGAUAGAUACCAAUGUGUCUACUCUUGUGAUGAUGAUACGAUUCAUUUUUUUAACUCUUGCAGAUGUUUUUAUACCAAA